AUGGAUGAUAUUUUAUUUGGUUAUGGAAUAGAUUUAAAUGUCAAUCUCCAUGACAUUACAAAUUUAUUUGUAGCCAAUAAAUGUAUGGAAAAAGACACAUUUUGGAAUAGAUUCAAUGGAUAUGUUGAAAAUAAAUGUAAAGAUAAUCCUUUUCUCGAAACCUGCCGAUUUGGAAUGUUUCUUUCUGCAAAUUUCUUUUUAAUAAAUCGAGCUUUGCAAAUAAUAGCUAAUAAACCAACAAGUCAUAAUGAUGAAGAAAAAUCAGCGCUUAAAAAAUUAAAAGUUUUGUACGAAAAUCGUUACUGCAAAAUAUGGAGCAUGCAUAUACAAAACAAACAAAACAUCAACACUAAUACAUCAAUAGCUAAUAUCUAUAAGAAUUUCGAACUGGAAUCACUUGGGGAAGUAAUUGGAAGCUGGAUGCAUAAAUUAGAAAAAAAAUAUUAA